AUGGUCUGUACUUACCAGUUCUAUGGCACCAUUGAUCUCAUGAAUGAUUCCGUCCGCAGUACGAACAAGAUCCGUAACAAAGGACAUAUCACAUGCAGGUUGCAGUUAACCUGGGACAACUGGGGCUCCACCGAUGAAACUGAAUGUAAGAAGGCAAGCGCCAGUGAUGUCUGCUGUAAAAAGCCAGGGUGCAUGUGGGUGUCCUGCAUGCACACUCCUUACUUUCAGAAACCGAUUCCUCUUACAGAAUGUCAUGCCACAUCAUGGGAACUCGAGGUCUGUAAGACAAUACCCGACAUAGUUUGUCCAACAGGGUUUGUCAUUGGUAUAGGAGCCUUCUGUCGAGACGUGGGUGGGGAGUGUGAGGACAUUCCCGGAGCCUACUGUAACACCAGCGCCAACAUGCAAUACAACAUCGCCAAGGCAAACUGCCAGUGUGCCGCUAUCUACCUGCCUGGCAACAGACAUGAUACAAACUGCACUGCAAUCAGCUGUAACAACAAUUCCACCUGUGUUUCUCUGGAUCCUAAUUCGGAGUGUGUGAACUCGAAGUGCGCCUGCAGAGGUGGCUUUGAGAUCAAUCGUAACAGCUCAGUGGGAUUAUGUGUGCUGAAAUCAGCGACCACAAUAGCCCCUGCCACAACGACAAUCGGUGACAAGUGUGUUAGCUAUGGCGACAACAAGACAGCCUGUUGUACGGCUGCGGCUACUGAAGGGUGCAAGUAUGUAACCUGCUCAAGGAAUGGUCCAGAUGUUGGAGUUUGCUACAAGCUGGAUUCCACUUUGGACACAAAGUGUGAAAAUGUGACUGCCAUGAAGCCUGCAGAUCAGUGCUCCACUGUGACCACCCCUACCCCAGACCCCUGUGCCGCCUUCACAGACCAGGGCGCCUGCUGUGGAGCCAGCAUCCAGUGCCGCUAUAUCAACUGCACUGAUAAGGAUAGCCAGGCACAUACAGGAUGCCAUGGUAAAGCCUCUGACCUUACAUCAGUAUGCUCAAAAGUGGAAACCAACAUGUGUACUGCCGAUCCCGAAACCUCCCCAACCCCUUCCUCCUCCCCUAAACCCAGCACAGACUCCCCCAGCAGCUUGCCAUCCACCAAUACCACCCAGGACACCUCAAUGACCCCAAAGAGAAGCGAAACUAGCGCCAACACCGGCGAAGAACACAGUCAACAUUUUGAUGCAGCUUCGUUUGUAGGGGGAAUAAUUCUUUGUGCUGGAAUUGUGGCCAUUGCUUUCUUCGGCUGGAAAUUUUACAAGGCCGGAACAGAAAAGCCUUACCAGACUUCGAUAGAGAGUCGGUAAGCUUUUCUAACUCAGAGCGUCAGAUAACAAGUUUGUACUAAAUAAAUAUUUCCUCAUCGUUACCAAAAGAAAAUAUAGUACUGAAUGAUUAAAAAAUGCUAAAGUUAUGGGAUUUCCAUUGCGUGUAGCUGUGGCAAGUAUCAAAACUGAGUCUGUACCAUUGCUAUUAUUAUACACCCAUGUAAUAAUGAAGAGAUCAAAGUUAUUACAUGAGUUCUACUCAGUUUUUGAAUUGAGUCCCAUCCUCGUCACUAUCUGUACUGCGUUCUUUGAGCUUUUUGUUUAAAACUAGGAGUUUAUAUGGAAAAAGACAUUAAUUAAUUGAAUGUUUUUUUCCAAUUUACCAGUAUGUAUUUAUCUCUAUACUUGUAUUAUCUUUUGCUCUGCUAACUUACAUUCACUGUAACUGACAAGUUUGUUUUGAAGAAAAAAUCCUAUGUGCUUAUGUCGCAUCUUAAUGUGAAUUAUGUCAUGUCAUAUCAACUUUGUUAGUUUUAUAAAAAUAAACAGAAGCUCGUCAUCAGUAAGGUUUUUGGGAGUAUUGGGUAUUGUUAUCUAGACAAACAUUUGUAUAUCCAGUAUUUGGUAACAGAAAUGUAUACCAUAAAAUGUGUGCAUUUUUAUCCCUCUCUGAGAGGCAUAGGGAUAUAAAAAUAGUCAGCCUCCAUGUGUGCUUCUGUCUGUCACAGUCUUCUGUGCGCAACUCCUACAUUUUGCAUUUUCAUUACACUUUUACUGAAUGAUCAUGUCCAAGUGCUAAAGCGCAUAAUGUCGUCAACUGAGUUAUGUUACAUGGAGUUAUUGCCCUUUAUUAAAAAAAUACAUUUAAAGGCUUGGUUUGCAACUUCUUCAUUUUGCAUUUGAUUAUUGUCAACCUUUUCUAGAAUUAUCUCAAAGUGCUAGAGUGCAUAUCAUUAUGGUCAAGUUUUUACAAUGGCAUUAAUUUUUAAAGGAGUCUUUGUUUGAAAAAAAUAUAAUGCCGGGGCAUUGUGAUUGCAGUUUUUCUUUUUUCCUUUUUUAAAAUUAAAUUACAAAUUCUUACCUUACCCUUUUCACAACAAUGCAGGCGUGGCAAGGGAUACACUGUGACAGCUUCUUGUUGUUUAUGUUUAGUUAAGCUAGUUUUAUACCACCCCUAUACAUGUAGUUGCUCGAAAUCAUUGGAUAUCUUUAUCAGCUUUGGAACUUUUGCUGACAACUUCUUUGGGAUAUUUAAGGGACUGAUCUAAAGAUUUAAAUUUAGAAUGGAUUGUUUACAGUGCCAUAUCUCGAAUUCAGUGAUCAGGAACUUCAAGAUAACUAGAGUUACUCGCAGGCUGUUCUGGUUUUAUGCUGAAUGCACUAAGCCACUUUCACUUUGCUUCUGAGUGGGAAAGGUUUAAAUGUGUUAUGCAGAAUCUUACUGACCCUGUACUACUAAUAAUAUGAUAAUAUGAUAUAUGAUAAUAUUAAUUUACUCAUCCUGCAUCCACCUAUCAGCGUUAGUAAGAAGAUGUUAAAUAAAAAGAAACGUACAAAAGUUAGUAUGCAGUUCCUAGGCUUCAUGUAUAAGCAGAAUAUUUAUUGGAUUGUGUGUUCAUUUGUCUAAAUUAUUAAUCAAGAUUUAAAUUUUGAUCUCCCAUACCGGUAUAUUGUUUUACCUGAUCAUGCAAGUUUUACUAUACCUGGUACAAUUCAAUAAUUUACAAGAUGUGUUUGUGAAACACAAUGUCCCCCUAUAUGAUGUUUGACCUUGUAGGAUGACCUUGACAUUGUGAAGGAUGACCUUGACCUUUCACCACUCAAAAUGUGCAGCUCCAUGAGAUACACAUGCAUGCCAAAUAUCAAGUUGCUAUCUUCAAUAUUGCAAAAGUAUUCAUAAAAUAAGCAAUUUGGGCCACAUAUAUUUGAUCUCUGACCUUGAAGGAUGACCUUGACCUUGACCUUUCACCACUCAAAAUGUGCAGCUCCAUGACAUGCACAUGCAUGCCAAAUAUCAAGUUGCUAUCUUCAAUAUUGCAAAAGUAUUUAUAAAAUAAGCGAUUAGGGCCACAUUUAUUUGACCUCUGACCUUGAAGGAUGACCUUGACCUUUCACCACUCAAAAUGUGCAGCUCCAUGAGAUACACAUGCAUGCCAAAUAUCAAGUUGCUAUCAUCAAUAUUGCAAAAGUAUUCAUAAAAUGAGCGAUUUUGGCCUCAUAUAUUUGACCUCUGACCUUGAAGGAUGACCUUGACCUUUCACCACUCAAAAUGUGCAGCUUCAUGAGAUACACAUGCAUGCCAAAUAUGAAGUUGCUAUCUUCAAUAUAGCAAAAGUUAUUGCAAAAUGUUAAAGUUGGCACAAACAGACAGACAGACCAACAGACAGACAGGGCAAAAACAAUAUGUCCCCCACUACUAUAGUGGGGGACAUAAAAAAGUAAAGAUUAACAAAAGUAAUUCUCUACUUUUAUGGCAAUAAUCAGCUAGAUCAGCUUAUAUUUGUUAUGCUCCCCCCAAAAAAUUUAAGGGGGGAGCAUAUAGUCGCCGCUUCGUCUGUCCGUCCGUUCUUCCGUGUGUCCGUCCAUGCACAAUUUUUGUCCGGGCUAUUUCUCAGCAACUAAUGACCGGAAUUCGAUAAAACUUUAUGGGAAGCUUCACUACCAAGAGGAGAUGUGCAUAUUAUCAGCAAGUUCUGGUCGGAUAAUUUUUCACAGAGUUAUGGCCCUUUGAAAUUUUCCAUUAACUGUACAUAUAGUGCAAUUCUUGUCUGGGAUAUUUCUCAGCAACUAAUGACCGGAAUUCAAUGAAACUUUAUGGGAAGCUUCACUACCAAGAGGAGAUGUGCAUAUUAUCAGCGGGUUCUGGUUGGAUGAUUUUUCACAGAUUUAUGGCCCUUUGAAAUUUUCCAUUAACUACAUAUAGUGCAAUUCUUGUCCGGGAAAUUUUCCAUUGUACAUAUAGUGCAAUUCUUGUCCGAGCUAUUUCUCAGCAACUUAUUACGGAAAUUCAAUGAAACUUUAUGGGAAGCUUCACUACCAACAGGAGAUGUGCAUAUUAUCAGCGGGUUCUGGUCGGAUGAUUUUUCACAGAGUUAUGGCCCUUUGAAAUUUUCUAUAAACUGUACAUAUAGUGCAAUUUUAGUCUGGGCUAUUUCUCCCCAACUACUGACUGGAAUACAAUGAAGCUUUAUGGGAAGCUUAACUACCUUAAGAAGAUGCGCAUGUUAUUUGUGGGUUCUGGUUAGAUGAUUUAUUUAAAGAGUUAUGGCCCUUUGAAAUUUUUAAGUUGCUAAACAAUCCAUCGUAUUAUUUUGUCCAAAGUUAUGCCCCUCAAGACGUUUCCUUUUAUCUGAAUAUAUAGUGCAAUAUUGUGACAAAAAAAAACUUUGGGGAGCAUCACCCGUCCCCGAUGGUUUCUUGUUAACUAUGUUUUCAAUGAAGUUUUAUAUUUUAAAUUUCUUUUAAUUGUAUAGGCAUUUUUUAUUAAAUUUGUUUCUUCUGUGCUACAAUAUUGUGAUGUUUGUUGUUCAGUGCAGUGAUAUACGUGUACCGGUAAGUAGUUUUUAAUCUGUGUGAAUGGUGUCUACUAUCUACUGGACAUAAUCCUCAUGUUGUGGCACACAUUUAAACAGUAAACAAUUAGCUUAUUUUCUUCAUUAUUACAAGCAAUUUGUUCUUUUUUUUAUUUAGAUGUUUUAGAGUUAUUUGAUGUUCAAAUAUUUGUAGUACUUUACAUGAUGAUGAUAUAGCUGACCUAUGAAUUAAGGUAUGCAUUUAACAGACAUGCACAAAUGAGAGAGAAAAAACAUAAACACAUCUGUUGCAAUAUGACUAGAUGUUUUGUAUCGUAUCAUACAUAUCAGUUGUUAUACACCCAUUUUGAUAUACACAAAAUGUACUUGUUAAGGGCUAAAGAUGAAGUUUUUGUUCCUGCAAUACAUUUAUGUAUCAUAGACACUAGUUUUUAGCUCAUUCUUGUUAUUUACAGUAUAAAAUUGCUCAUUUGUAUUUUUUCUGUACAUUUUUCUUGCCCUGAAACGCCAGAUUUUACACAUAUCCCUAGCUAAUAAAUAGUGCAUGGAUUGUAUUUAUGUACUCUCAGAUUGUAUGUUUAGGUCCAGGGUCCUGGAACACUCCGAGUUUCUUAGCAAUGCAACAUCAGGCUGAUACUUACAAAAUUUAACAGUGGUCUCACGGCAUAAUACUGAAAUGUGCAUAUAGCAACCACUGGUUUGUAUUUUAACUAAAUGAACCUACCAGUAUUUUUUCUGUCAUCUUAAUAUCAAAACUCGCAGUAUAUGUGCACUUCUUGUAUUUUCUGUGUUUUUCAAGUAAAUGUACAAUAUUUGGUUCUGUUGGCCUGUCAAAUAAAAUCUUACCUGCAUUGUUUAUUUUCCAUGUUUAAAUCAGAUUGAACAAAAAUCCAAUACAUAUGAUUGUGUUCUGCUGUUUCUCUUAACAGUAGACAAUUUAUGGUAAUAUUUUACAAAAAGAGGUUUUGAUGGGUUUGCAUUUAAAUUUGUGUUUUAGUCAGGUAUUAAAUAUGUGUGAUUAACAUUCCAUAAGUGUGUGCAUACAUUGUACAUGUAAAUUCUGAAUCCUGUACUUACUGUGAUAGAAUUUCUGCAAUGUUUUUUGUUGUGAUCAAAGAACUAGAAAUCAGUUGAUUUAGUUUGUGCAAGAUGUUUGUUGUUGUGAUCAACGUACAGAAAUUUAAAUGAUUAAAUUGUUUGUUGUUGUGAUCAAAGUAUAGAAAUCCAAAUGUUUUAAUUUGUAUAAGUUGUUUGUUGGUGUGAUUUAAGUGCAGAAAUCCAAUUAACUGUAAUUUUGUGCUAAUACAUGACAUUGUGUAAAUCCAUAGGCAUUUAGUCCAUACCAGCUAUUAUUUUGUGUGAACAAACAAUGUUUUUCUUGAUAUAAUGACAUAUUUAUGUGUAUGUUUAUUUUUUAAAUUGUAAAUUUAAAUUGUACAUGUGUUCAAAUUCCAUUUAUUUAUUAAACUAAGGGGAAAAAAUUGUGAAGUGGAAAUUAUUUGUAGUUACUUCCCUUUGUAAUACAGUCUAAGUAUACUAAUUACAGAUUGUGAUUAUCUUAAAGGGGCCUUUUCACGGACUUUGGCAUGUAUUGAAGUUUGUCAUUAAAUGCUUUAUAUUGAUAAAUGUAAACAUUGGAUCUAAAAAGCCCCAGUAAAAAAACAAUAAAAUUAAAGAAAGAAAAAAAAGUAACCCUCAACUGGGCUCCAACCACUGACCAAUGGAGUAAAAGUCUAUCGCGUAGAUCACUCGGCCAUCUGCGCUUAUACAAUAAGCCCGGGCUCAUACAAUGAGUGAUGAAUUUUAUACUAUAUAUAAGCAAAUUUGGUAGUAUCACAAAAUAUAACGACAACUACAAAACUCUACAAAUUGUUCAAUCGUUUUGCGUUGCAACGCUUUAUUAUUUUCAGGUUUUUAAAUCGUGAAAAGAUGCAUAUAAUGGAUAUUUUAAAGCAUGGUAAAUGUUCAGUUUUACUGUUUCCUCACAAAUAUCAUAACUUAAACGAACAUUUGAGAAUCUGAAACAUUUUUUUUUCAAUUUUGUCAAUUUACCGAAACGUGUAAAGGCUUCUUUAAGAAAACACUUCUUAUGCCUAGGAACAAACAAAGCUGAUCUAAUUACGCACCAAUUGCUUUUCCUUUCAUAUAAUAACUGUUAAAAUAGUAAGUGAUUAAAAAACAAUUCUAAUUAAUCAGUUAGUUUUUGAAUUCAGAAUAGUGGAUGACCACAUUGAGGGAUAUGUUUAUUAAGUAGUUUUUGCUGUAAUCUCUCCUGAUUUUAAGUGAGGCUGUUUUCGGAGAAAACCCGAGCUAUUGUCAUAGCCAGCUCGUCGUCCGAUGUCCGCCGUAGGCGUUGUGCUAAAACCUUAACAUUGGCCAUAACUUUUUAAAUAUGGAAGAUAGCACCUUGAUAUUUGGCAUGCAUGUGUAUCUCAUGGAGCUGCACAUUUUAAGUGGUAAAAUUUCAAGGUAAACAUCAUCCUUCAAGGUCUAGGGUCGAAAAAACACAGUCAAGGGAAGUAAUAAGCUUUAAAUGGACAUAGUUAUCUGACCUGCCCACGUAUAUAUUUUUGUUAAAUAAAUCAAAGCGGCGCAGUAGGCGGCAUUGUGUUUCUGACAAACACAGUGUGGUAAAAGGUCAAGGUCAUCCUUUACGGUCUAUGGUAAAAAAUACAGAUUUAAGGGAAGUAAUAAGCUUUAAAAAGGGAGAAAAUUAUUCAAUAUUGAACAUAGCCACUUUAUAUAUUUGGCAUGCAUGUGUAUCUCAUAUAUCCCGGUUGGAUUGGACAAAAUUCAAGGGAAGUAAUAACCUUUAAAGGGAGCAGUAGGGGGCAUUGUGUUUCUGACAAACACAUCUCUUGCUGGGUCACAAAGGUCAAGGUCACUGUGACCUCUAAAAAAAAAAAAAAUUCUGACAAGCUUUCGCAGCCGAGCGUGGCACCUGUUAUGCAGUGCUCUUGUUGGCUUAUUAGUUCACCUGAGAACAACUUGCUAUAGUUAUAGAAUUGAAUUGUUAAAAGAAAAUGUAAGCCGAUAUUCUUUUUUCAUUAGCCGUAUAUAUUUUAACUGCCAAGACUUAUAUAAUUUAGUAUAGGUUUAUUCUAGUGCUCAUUUAUGCCUCCAGCAUCUACAGAUGCCAGAAUGCAUAUUCUGUUAUUCUUUCCAUAAGUCUGUUGUAUUAUGUUAAUCCAAAAUCAAAUGUUUUGUGUAACAUCAUUAAUUCUUUGUAAAAAGCUUCGGACUAAAAUAGAUGAUGUAUUCGAAUUAUAUCAACAAAUCCACAUCACUGAGAUUGUUUUGACUUGAACAUUGACUUAUGUUUGAAAUAUUUCAAGAGGUCCGAAUUUUUGGUUAACUCAAAAUCACCUGUUUUGUCAACAUCAAUUAUGCUUCCUACAAAGCUUUAAUACUUGCAUGCACCUUUUUUGGACAAGUUAAGAAGUUCCAAUUUAUUGUUCAAACCAAAAUGAUGUGUUUCAUUUAUUAUCAAUUAUAUCAAUAUUGCUUACUAGGAAGAUUGUAUACUUGUAUGGAUGUUAUCUAUGAACACUCUCAACACACCCACAUUAUCUGACUUUAUUUGCUGGGGGCAUAUGUGUUUACUGAAUGCAGCAUCUAGUUUUCGCCUUAUACUGAAAUAUCAACUUACUGUGUUUGUGCAAUAAGUGUUUCUGUUGGAGUGAAUGCAAUUUGUUUAAAAACGGGAACACUUUUUCAGCUAGAGAAAAGGCAUGAUCAUAGACAAAAUAUUCUAUAGGCAAUUGUUUUUCAUGUAAUAGUAAGAAUUAGAUUUACAAUUUGUUAAUUUAUGUACACAAUUAAUGUACGAUUUCUGUUAAUUAGACAUGUUCUUGAUUAAUAUUGAUGGAUAAAUAAAAUGGAAAAAUAUCUCA